GGAGAGCCGAGAGCGCUGCUCGGAACUGCCUGGAAACUUCUGUGGGAGCGACAACUUUACCAGUUUCAGUCCAGGAACUUUUCUUUGCAAGAGAGACGGGGUGCAAGUGGCCCCGGUUUCGUUCUCUGUUUCUCCCUCCCUCCUCCUCCGCUCCGGCUCGCCUUCCCCGGGUUUGGAGCGGGCAGCUGAGCACCGGCCACCCAGCGCCUCUGCUAAGUGCCUGCCGCCGCAGCCCGGUGACGCGCCAAGCUCCCCGGGAGCCGUUCGCUCGGCGUCCGCGACCGGGCAGUUGAGGGAAGAGGAGCCCCAGCCGCCGCGGCUUCUCGCCUUUCCCUGCCACCGGCCCCCUGCCCCGGGCUCGCGUAUGAAUCUCCUGGACCCCUUCAUGAAGAUGACCGACGAGCAGGAGAAGGGCCUGUCUGGCGCCCCCAGCCCCACCAUGUCGGAGGACUCGGCUGGUUCGCCCUGUCCCUCGGGCUCCGGCUCCGACACGGAGAACACACGGCCCCAGGAGAACACGUUCCCCAAGGGCGAGCCGGAUCUGAAGAAGGAGAGCGAGGAAGAUAAGUUCCCCGUGUGCAUCCGCGAGGCGGUCAGCCAGGUGCUGAAGGGCUACGACUGGACGCUGGUGCCCAUGCCGGUGCGCGUCAACGGCUCCAGCAAGAACAAGCCACACGUCAAGCGGCCCAUGAAUGCCUUCAUGGUGUGGGCGCAGGCUGCGCGCAGGAAGCUGGCAGACCAGUACCCGCAUCUGCACAACGCCGAGCUCAGCAAGACGCUGGGCAAGCUCUGGAGACUGCUGAACGAGAGCGAGAAGAGACCCUUCGUAGAGGAGGCGGAGCGGCUGCGCGUGCAGCACAAGAAAGACCACCCCGAUUACAAGUACCAGCCACGGCGGAGGAAGUCGGUGAAGAAUGGACAAGCGGAGGCCGAAGAGGCCACGGAGCAGACUCACAUCUCUCCCAACGCCAUCUUCAAAGCUCUGCAAGCCGACUCCCCACACUCCUCCUCGGGCAUGAGUGAAGUGCACUCCCCGGGCGAGCACUCUGGGCAAUCUCAGGGUCCACCGACCCCACCCACCACUCCCAAAACCGACGUGCAAGCUGGCAAAGUUGAUCUGAAGCGAGAGGGGCGCCCUCUGGCAGAGGGGGGCAGACAGCCCCCCAUCGACUUCCGCGACGUGGACAUCGGUGAACUGAGCAGCGACGUCAUCUCCAACAUCGAGACCUUCGACGUCAAUGAGUUUGACCAAUACUUGCCGCCCAAUGGCCACCCAGGGGUGCCGGCCACCCACGGCCAGGUCACUUACUCUGGCAGCUACGGCAUCAGCAGCACCGCACCCACCCCAGCCAACGCGGGCCACGUGUGGAUGUCAAAGCAGCAGGCGCCGCCCCCUCCUCCGCAGCAGCCCCCGCAGGCCCCGCAAGCCCCACAGGCGCCUCCUCCGCAGCAAGCACCCCCGCAGCAGCAGCAGGCACCCCAGCAGCAACAGGCGCACACGCUCACCACGCUGAGCAGCGAGCCAGGCCAGUCCCAGCGAACGCACAUCAAGACGGAGCAACUGAGCCCCAGCCACUACAGCGAGCAGCAGCAGCACUCCCCGCAACAGAUCUCCUACAGCCCCUUCAACCUCCCGCACUACAGCCCCUCCUACCCGCCCAUCACCCGCUCGCAGUACGACUACACCGACCACCAGAACUCCGGCUCCUACUACAGCCACGCAGCCGGCCAGGGCUCGGGGCUCUACUCCACCUUCACUUACAUGAACCCCGCGCAGCGCCCCAUGUACACCCCCAUCGCUGACACCUCCGGGGUCCCUUCCAUCCCGCAGACCCACAGCCCGCAGCACUGGGAACAACCAGUCUACACACAGCUCACCAGACCCUGAGGAGACCUUGAAGAGCGAUGGUGAUGGAGCUGAUCUUUUUUUUUUAAGAAGAAGAAAAAGAAGACGAAAAAGAAAAAGAAACGAAAAAGAAAAAGCUGAAGAAAUCAAGAACCAAUUGAAAUUCCUUUGGACACUUUUUUUUUUUUUUUUUGGUCUGUCGUUAUUUUUUAAAGACAUCUAAGCGAAGGUAAAGCGUGCUGCGAUUCCAGGAGAGAGACUUUAAGACAUUAUCUGAGCUCAUGACAACAUAUUGCAAAUGGCCGGGCCACUCGUGGCCAGACAGACAGCACUCCUGGCCAGAUGGACCCACCAGCGUCAGCGAGGAGGGGCUUGUCUCCUUCAGAGUUAGAGUGGAGGACGAUUGGAGAAUCUCCCCGCCUGUUUGGACUUUGUAAUUAUUUUUUAGCCGUAAUUAAAGAAAAAAAAGUCCUCUGUGAGGAAUAUUCUCUAUUUUAAAUACUUUUAGUAUGUACUGUGUAUGACUCAUUACCAUUUUGAGGGGAUUUAUACAUAUUUUAGAUAAAAAAGUUAAAUGCUCUUAUUUUUCCAACAGCUUAACUACUCCUAGUUCAAGAGUGUCCGCUAGCCUUCCUUGCAACCAGAGUAUUUUUGUACAGAUUUGCUUUCUCCUAAACAAACAAAAACAAAACAAAAACAAAAAACAACAAAAAAAAAACAAAAAAAAAUGGAAAAAAGAAAAAGGAAAAAAAGUGUGUUGUUAUAGUAACAUAAAUAAUA